AAAAAGAAAAAGAGAGAGAGAGAGAGAGAGAGAGAGAGAGAGAGGAAAAGUGCUUUUUGUGCACUACGGGGAAAAGGAGAAAAGAUUGAAAACAAAUUCCGGCAGAUCACAAGAAAAAACAAAUCCAGAAUCCGUGAGUGAAGGGAACAUCAAGGGGCAGCACACAGAUUGGUCCUCGUCCACCACCCCAUAGCCAUAGGGGCGGAAUUAAGAAGCAUAAUCUCAUUGAAACAUCCAUAUGAAGCACAUCGUAAAGCUUUUAGCAUUGUUGGUGGCCGUAUCUACCUUUUGGAUCGGUCUUCUUGAGACAGUGAUCCCACGUUCUUAUGCUUGGUUGUUGCCAGUAUAUUUCGUUGUGUCACUCGGAUGCUAUGGUCUUUUGAUGGUUGGGGUUGGUUUGAUGCACUUUCCAACAUGUCCUCAGGAAGCAGGGUUGCUGCAACAGGACAUUGCAGAGGCCAAAGAAUUCUUGAAGCAGAGAGGGGUUGAUGUGGAAUAUGAUUGAAGACUUUAUCUUAUGGCUCUUUUGAAGAACCAGGGUGAUUUUCAGACAGUUUCAAUUCUAUAUGAUCAAAACUUGAGGUACAAAUUGGAUUAUAAGUUGAGGAAUGUUAAAUUUGAUGAGGUAAGAGUUUGCUAACAGGUCUCUGAAAUUUGGAUCGGCAAAUGAAAAUUAUAGAUGCAGUAUAUGUUGGAUGAACGUAUGUAAAAGUUAUUAUAACUUACGUAUGAUGUUCAUUAAAGAGAAAUUUAUGACUGAUUUGAUUAACUGUAAUUUGGUUGAGUAAAACGAUGGACAUUAUGCGGUAUUAGUUGCCACCAACUGGUAUGGUCAUCAUCAAAGAAGAAGCUGCCCCAUGCAACAAGUAGCCUGCAGUGUGUGUGUGUGUGUGUGAGAGAGAGAGAGAGAGAGAGCAUGACUAAUGACUGGUGCUCGCAUGGAGAUUUUGGAGCAAUUAUCGUCACAUUUAUCAUAAAAUGUUAGAGAAACAAAUCUGGAAGGGGAGCAGUUUCAUUAUGUCCUGUUAAAAUCAGGCUAAAGUGCACAUUAUAUCAAAUAUAUUUGGAUUGGAAAAACUAGUAAAAUUUCAUUUGAAUAAA